CAAAUUAACUGCGAACACGGUUCUCCGGCGAAGUCGACUUUCUGCAAUUACAGAUCCAGAAUGGAAAUAGAAGUUCCUGAUCUCACGAAUAAGCGCAUGAAACCUUCUGUGGCAGAUAGUGAAACAACAGAAAAUGAUAUUGAACUAGCGAAGGAUGCCGAAGAAGAAAAUGCAUUGAUCCCUGCCCCUAUGGCUUCUGAACAGAUGGAGGCGGAGAUUGCCAAUAUUCUUGAAAAGAUGAACCAUUUUACUCAGCAGGUAUCUGAACUGCUGGAAUCGGGGAAGUCCAUGCUUAAGGAACUGGGUAAUGAAUUUGAAGAACGAUUGAUUCAAAUACACAAGGAACAGAUAGAAAAGUGGCAAGAAGAGAUUAAGGAACUGCGCUUGCUUGACACAGCAAAUGAGGAUGCUGAUGCUCUGUUGCUAAAUGCGAAAUAUCUACUUCAGAAUGUACAUGGUGAAUCCUGAGCUUAUGCCGUAGUUGAAUGUAACUUUUCAAGAGGAGCAUAAGAGUACCUUAAAGGAACUUCUUUGAUGAAAAGCUGCUUACUUAGUUUACCAUGUGAUAAAAAUACAACCUAAAGAACUUGGUGCUGGUUCAUCAUGAUGCUGGAUAUAAUAAAUGCAUAGCAUCAGGUACAGCUUUUAGUUCUCUACUUCAAAAUUUAAAAGUAAAAUUGCAGUUUGUCUGGGGAACUUUUUGAUGCAAUAUACAAUUGAAAUACUUUUUUCCCACCAAUCUGAUGUCUUAUGCCAUAUAUGCGGCCACAUAAGUUGUUUAAAGCAGGCUGGAUAUUCUAUA